GGGUGCAACGUUGUAGCAGCAGUAGCAGGGAUGAAGAAAGGGAAUUGGCGUGACAGGGGCAGGGACCGAAGGCGACUCGGUUACCGCUCUGACUGGCAAAGGGACAACGCAAGGCACAGAACACAGGAACAAAGGUAUGGCAGUAGUGAAGCAGGCCCCUCCUACAGAGACAGGACCCCAGAGAGUAGGCCUAUUUCUAAUAGUGCAGCCUCCUCCUCCUCCUCCUCUGCUGCUCCAGAGCUGCCGGGGUUCUACUUUGACGCUGAGAAGAACCGUUACUUCCGGCUGCUGCCGGGCCACAACAACUGUAACCCUCUGACCAGAGGGCUGCUGCAGGAGAGAGAGCAGGAGAAACACAGGGCCAGGAUGAUCACUGAGGACGAGAGGCCCAGGAAGAAAGCACCAAGAGCAGGCCUGAACUCAGCUCUGCUGCUGCAGAAAAGACACCUGGGUCUGCUGCCUGGGAACUCUUACAGUAGGCUGAUCCAUGAGAUGAAGGUGAGUGGGAUGAGACGUCACAGACUGGAGGUCCAGAGCUCUGACAGCAGCAGUCCCAACACAGACAACUUUAGACUCAUAGUGGGUGACUCUGCAUGUGAGCGAGUGUUCACGGUUAACGACGUGUCUCACGGAGGCUGCAAGUACGGCAUCAUGAACUUCAGAGGCUGCAGCAGGGGCUCCCUGUCUGUCGAGAUGUGUGACAACCUCUACUUUACAAAUAGAAAGGUGAACUCUAUCUGCUGGGCCUCCGUCACCCACUCUGACUCACACGUCCUCCUGUGUCUGGUGGGCAUGGCAGAGACUCCUGGCUGUGUCAGUUUACUACCAGCCUCGCUCUUCAGCAACUCCAACCCAGACCAGCCGGGGAUGCUGUGUAGCUUUAAGAUCUCUACAGCCUGGUCCUGUGCCUGGUGUCUCAACCCUCAGGCCGACAAAACAUUUAGCACUGGUCUGUCUCGCAGGGUGAUAGUGACGGACGCAGUGACGGGCAGGAGACAGACGUAUGGCAUCGGCAGUGAUGUGUUGGCACAGCAGUUUGCCCUCAGGGCUCCGGUCCUGUUUAAUGGCUGUAGGUCAGGAGAGAUCUUCAGUAUCGACCUGCGUCAGAAAGGCAGACGGGACCACAGCUGGAAGGCCUGCAGGUUCUACCAGGACUCUGCUAUCACCUCCGUACGAAUACUACAGGAUGAGAACUACCUACUGGCCGCGGACAUGAUUGGAGAGAUCAAGCUGUGGGAUGUACGAGUAACAAAACCAGUGCAGAAGUACGAGGGUCAUCAUAACCAACACGCCUACUUACCCCUCCACGUCAACGAACCUGAGGGACUGCUGAUGGCUGUGGGUCAGGACUGCUACACCCGUCUGUGGUCUCUGGCGGACGGCCAGCUCCUGAGGACCAUCCCAUCUCCCCACCCUGCUGGGAAGGACAUGAUCCCCAGCGUGGUCUUCUCCUCCCAGCUAGGAGGCAGCAGAGGCCUGCCUGGUCUCCUCAUGGCUGUCAGGCACGAUCUGUACUACUUCCCUUAUAACAGUGACUACCAGGAGGGAGGAGGGGUAGUAGCAGAGGUAGCCUGCUAGGGGAGGGCUUGGCUGAGGCAGCCUGCUAGGGGAGGGCUUGGCUGAGGCAGCCUGCUAGGGGAGGGCUUGACUGAGGCAGCCUGCUAGGGGAGGGCUUGACUGAGGCAGCCUGCUAGGGGAGGGCUUGACUGAGGCAGCCUGCUAGGGGAGGGCUUGGCUGAGGCAGCCUGCUAGGGGAGGGCUUGGCUGAGGCAGCCUGCUAGGGGAGGGCUUGGCUGAGGCAGCCUGCUAGGGGAGGGCUUGACUGAGGCAGCCUGCUAGGGGAGGGCUUGACUGGACCUUGGUUAAAAGGGGUAGUAGUCAGGGGCUCACUACUCUUCUGUUCCUGUUGACCACCAGUCUGAAAGGACUGGAAGAGAAGAAGGAAAAUGGACAAAGAACCUUUCUUUGCAAAGUAACUGGAACGAAGGAGACUCUUACUGCCUAAAGUUAUCAGCCUGGAGAUUCAAGACUUCAAGUGGAGAGUUGGGUCUGACCGUAGAGCUGCGGAGUGGAGAGUUGGGUCUGACCGUAGAGCUGCGGAGUGGAGAGUUGGGUCUGACCGUAGAGCUGCGGAGUGGAGAGUUGGGUCUGACCGUAGAGCUGCGGAGUGGAGAGUUGGGUCUGACCGUAGAGCUGCGGAGUGGAGAGUUGGGUCUGACCGUAGAGCUGCGGAGUGGAGAGUUGGGUCUGACCGUAGAGCUGCGGAGUGGAGAGUUGGGUCUGACCGUAGAGCUGCGGAGUGGAGAGUUGGGUCUGACCGUAGAGCUGCGGAGUGGAGAGUUGGGUCUGACCGUAGAGCUGCGGAGUGGAGAGUUGGGUCUGACCGUAGAGCUGCAGAUGGACUGCUGGAUCAUGGAUCCAGGACUAUAUUUGUCUACCAGUGAACCCUGAAUUAUGUCCACAGAAACUGCAAUUCAUCAACUGGCCAGUGAGUUUAUUAUUGAAGGUGUUGUUUUUUGUCUUUAUAAUAACGGUAAUUAUUAAUCCGAAACAGAUUUCAAUAAUGAUGUAAAGUUUAUACGAUUCAAAACAUUGUAUUUUAUCCAUGGUGAUUGAAUGGGUGUCUUGGAAUUAUUAAAAAAUAGCAUUGUCAACAGACCUCCACAUAA